AGCCACACGUGCCGUGUAGCUGUCCGAGAACAUCUUGAAUAUUGACAUUAGGCACUCGGAACACUUAAAUCGUCUGUCAAUUGUAAUAACUAUGAGUUGUCAGAUUACGUGUGUUGGAUGGGUGAAGAAAGGAGUUUCUAAAGAAACACCAGAUAAGGUGGAGUUGAGCAAAGAAGAACUGGAACGAAUUAUCUCUGAAGCGAAAGAACAGCUAGGGCAGAACGAUGAAGCUGAAGAUGAGGAAGAUGAGGGGACGGCCGGCACUGUGGAAAUGAGCGAGGAGGCAGAGGUUGUGCAGCAACAGGACAAGCAGAAUGAAAACGAAGAGGACGAUGAGCUGGCGGAGUACGGCCUAGACAAAUACGACGAGGAGGACUCAGACGCAGUAAACCUGGGUGAUAGCCUGGCAGGCCUGACUAUGUACACCAGUAAUGAGGAGGACCCCUACAUCACCAUCAAGGACACGGAUCAAUAUGAACGGGAGGAUUUUCAGAUCAAACCUAAUGACAAUCUCAUCAUCACAGGAAGGGCAGAGAAAGACUGUUGUAACCUGGAAAUACAUGUGUACAACUCAGAAGAGGACUCCCUGUACGUGCACCAUGACAUCCUCCUGCCAGCCUACCCUUUGUGUGUGGAGUGGUUAAACUUUGACCCCAACCCAGAGGAACGACCAGGAAAUUUUGCUGCUGUCGGCAACAUGACACCGAAGAUUGACGUGUGGGACCUGGACGUGGUAGACUGUUUAGAGCCCGCUUUCUCCCUCGGCAGCAAGAAAGCGCCGAAGAAAAAGAAGAAAAACAAGAAGGCUGCAGCUGCCGAGCCCAUAGAAGGCCACUCUGACGCAGUUCUGGACCUGUCCUGGAACAAGCUGGUCCGUAACGUGCUGGCCAGUGGGUCUGCUGAUAACACCAUCAUCCUGUGGGACCUGGUGCAGGGAAAGCCUGCCUCCACACUGACACGGCACACAGACAAGGUUCAGACCCUGAAAUUCCAUCCAUUUGAGGCCCAGACGCUCAUCUCUGGAUCAUAUGACAAGUGUGCAAUCCUGUAUGACUGCCGGAGCCCAGAGGACAGUCACCGCACCUGGAGGUUUAGCGGGCAGGUGGAGCGUGUCGUCUGGAACCACUUCUCACCCUGCAACUUCCUGGCCAGCACAGAGGACGGGUUUGUGUACUGUCUGGACGCCCGCUCAGACAAGCCGGUCUUCACGCUGAGAGCGCACGACGGAGAGGUGUCAGGUUUGGACUUGAGCAGCCAGGUGAAGGGCUGUCUGGUCACGGCCUCCGCGGACAAGCAGGUGAAGAUCUGGGACAUCCUGGGGAACAAGCCCAGCCUCGUCCACAGCCGGGACAUGAAGAUGGGGGUGCUGUUCUGUGCAUCCUGCUGUCCGGACCUGCCUUUUGUGUAUGCAUUUGGAGGACAGAAGGAGGGACUCCGGGUCUGGGACAUCAGUGAUGCCGCAGCAGUUGCCUCCACAUUCGGCAGUCGCGAACGGCUGGUGGUGAACACAGAGGGGGAGGCAGCAGCAAGAUCCAGCAACAGCACUGCAGCUGACAUGGAGCUGUCCUAGAACUCCCCCUGGACAUUAAGAUGGAACUGUCCUAGAGUCACCCCACCACUCCAGACACAGAUGGAACUGCCCCGGAACCCUCCCCCUUCCACUGAGACGGGACUGUCACCUUGCCCUGUCCCUCUCUCUCUUAAGGCAUUUAAUGUCUGGCUUGUUACUUUCUGUGGUAUUUCUUAGGUGCAAAAUGAGGUGUGAGAAACUGGUUUGGUUCCAUUUCGGAUUAAUGCAAUCCGCUUGCUGAUGUAGAUGCCCAAGCAUGACACAGUUUCAGUAUUCAGAUACAGUUCUGAAUAUGCAAACAUGCUUCUCAGAACCAUAUAGUUCCUAUGUGAUGUACCUUUACUUCCUGUCUGAGAUCCAUAGAUUGAUUUUUUUCCAAACCCUAGCUCAUGAGAUCAUGAGAAAUGGAAGCUUGGACAUGAUGUGCUCAUUUGUCUUUAUCCAGCACAGUACUGCCAGAUCACCUCACAACCCUGUAAAAGCAUGCUAAGUGUUGGGAGCUGUAGUUCAGUACUGUGCAGUUACCCAUGUAGCUGUGCCUUUUUUAUCAGUCAUUGAAUGCUGUAAAAUAGUCAAUACUAACCACAGAUGGUAACAGUUACCUUCUUUUUCUGGCACAAUCCUUUUUUGGAGUUGUGACAGUAGCCAAACAGUGUUGGGGAAUUGAAUGAAGAAAGUGAGGGGCAGUGGAACUGUGUGAUUGUGGUUUUCGAGCAGCUGUUUCUCCUCCUUCAGAAUUAUUGGAGCACCUGAUACAAUACCAUCUAUUGGAUGAAAUGUGGACCACACCCCAGACUGCAUUUACAAAUCCACAAGGUCAAAGGUUGCCUGUGGAAAUGGGCAGGGUUGCAUUUCUCGCUGCAGUGAGGAAUUACGCGCUUCUGUCAUAACAGAUUUACUAAAUGUGCAGAAUUCAGUAAAGUCCCAUCCAUGGAGGAAGAAGUGGACACCCCCUCAAUUUUAGCACCAUUUUACCAUAGAAAUCCAGAUUAUACCAUUCCAGAUGUCUCCAUUUUAUUGUAAUCAGAGACCAGUUUUCUCUGCCACUGUGUACUCUGAUCAUGUAACUAUUUUGUACUAAUAAACAUUUUAGUAGACAUAAUGUUUAUACAUAAACAUGUGACAGGGGGUAGAUAUUGAUCGGGGGGAAUUAAAUGAAUUAAUUUAUUGUGCUAGUCACUGUUUUCAAAGCCUAUACAAAUAUUAUUUACUCCAAAGCAUUCUUAAAAGCUGUAGUUUGCUGGAUGGUUGCAAGCCCAAAUAUUUCUUUGAUGGCAGGUGUUCUCUGAAACAUGAAGGUGCUAAAGAGUGCAGGGGUUGUGCUUUAGGUUUUUGAAUAAUGUUAGGAUUCAGCUUGUUCACCAGAAUCAUCUUAGAGCAGGCACAGUGUACAUCCCAUGUGAUUUAGCUGAUAAAGGUCACUUUAUACCUAAUUAGUGGAAGCAUCCGUAUAAUAUUAAGAUUGGUUGAUCUGUGCAAUGGCUGCUCUAAUCUGGUACUUGUGAAUAAAAACUUUAUUUUUGAGAUGGCAUAAAGGUCUUUGAAAUGACUGAGUUUGAAGUCCCUCUGCUGGACAUUAACAAAAAAGACCUAAACACCAGAGUAAUCUUGUGUUAAUGGACAGUAUCCUUGAAU